CAGGUGACCAACCCCAAGGAGGACGAGGGCCGCGCGCGGGGCGCCAGCGAGAAAGCAUCCCAGUGCAACAUCAGCUUAAAGAAGCCGAGGAGUCGAGGCAUCCUUAGCUCCUUCUUCUGCUGCUUCCGGGACUACAAUGUGGAGGCCCCGCCCACCAGCAGCCCCAGUGUGCUUCCGCCACUGGUGGAGGAGAACGGUGGGCUUCAGAAGGGUGACCAGAGGCAGGUCAUUCCCAUACCGAGUCCACCAGCUAAAUACCUCCUUCCAGAGGUGACGGUGCUUGACUAUGGAAAGAAAUGUGUGGUCAUUGAUUUAGAUGAAACAUUGGUGCACAGUUCAUUUAAGCCUAUUAGUAAUGCUGAUUUUAUUGUUCCGGUUGAAAUCGAUGGAACUAUACAUCAGGUGUACGUGCUGAAGCGGCCCCAUGUGGAUGAGUUCCUCCAGAGGAUGGGGCAGCUCUUUGAGUGUGUGCUCUUUACUGCCAGCCUAGCCAAGUAUGCAGACCCCGUGGCCGACCUGCUGGACCGCUGGGGUGUGUUCCGGGCCCGGCUCUUCAGAGAAUCCUGCGUCUUCCAUCGUGGGAACUACGUGAAAGACCUGAGUCGCCUGGGCCGGGAGCUGAGCAAAGUGAUCAUUGUGGACAAUUCUCCCGCCUCGUACAUCUUCCAUCCCGAGAAUGCAGUGCCCGUGCAGUCCUGGUUCGAUGACAUGACGGACACAGAGCUGCUGGACCUCAUCCCCUUCUUUGAGGGCUUGAGCCGGGAGGACGACGUGUACGGCGUGCUGCACAGACUCUGCAGUAGGUAGCGCCGGCCUCUGUCUGCCUCCCGCCCAUGCGCCCUGGAGCCUCCAGCCUCGGGGACCCACCUGGCCUCCGCUCCCUGGGAGCAGGAAGUGAGGACACUCCACGCUCCAGGCCACGAGGUCCAUGUGGCCAUACCUACCUGUUUUCUUUUUUAAGAACAGAAACAACUAUUUUAAAAUGAACUCUUUUAACAAAUUUCCUAAAGGGACAUGCAUUUUACUGGAUUUGCUUUUCUUAAAACAUACCAAAAAGAAAAAAAAAAGGAAAAAAAAAAAAGCUUGAAAUCUAUCAGACUUCCUUUCAACUGUCCCCCUGGCCCUCUCCUCCAAGCAGACAACCUGUCCCUUUCUACCCCAGCUUGGAGCAGCUGACCCAACUCAGAAUCUCUUUCCUACAGGAUGAAGUGCCUUUUUGAAUGUUAUUUUAAGCCAAGAGUUAAUUUUUCUACACAACAUAUUUCCAGACAUCUUUUAGUCUUUUAUUGUCUUAGAUUCUCUAAAAAGAUGAAUAUGACAAUUUUCUAGAACCCGGGGGGGGUGGGUGGGCGAGGGAUGGAGAUGAGUCCUACAAGCCUGUCCACCAGCAGGUGUGAGUGCUCAGAUGCCCGGUGACACGCC